AAUCAGAAAAUCUUUCGUCUUAAAACUCUUCUUCUUCUUCUUCUUCGUCGUCGUCGUCUUCUUCGUUUUUCACUUCUGAAAAUUCUUUUUGGGAUCCGAUUUUUCGGUGAAUUAGAAUAUUCACGGGUGAUUCGGUCGAUCCACCGAACGAGAAGGAAGAACGACGACAUUGGUGGGCGUUUCGGAUCACUCGAUCUCCGUCUCAAAAGCCAUUGCGGAAAAGGGGAAACACAGAAAUUUCACACUGGAUUUCGAUCGAUUGGUUUUCGUUUCUGCAAAUCCUGAUUGGAAUUUCGAGGUGCUGUUGUUGUUCUGUUCUUCGAUUGUACUAGCGGAGCGGCAAAAUCCUAAAAACCCGAGGAUUCGAUUUCUGAUUCUACUGAAGAAGAACUGGUGAUAAAUGGGUAAUUGAAUGCCGAUUUUCCUUUCUUAGGGUUUCGUAGAGAUUUAGAAUUGCGAAACGGAGACAGAUUUUUUUUUUUUUUUGGGGAUUUCUAUAGUUUUUACAGUAAUUUUGGAGAAAUUAGGGCUUUGUUUAACAUGAGCGAUAAGCAACCGAUUAAGUUAGAUGACGAACAAAUGGCCGAGUUGCGAGAAAUCUUCCGGUCGUUCGAUCGGAACAAUGACGGGAGUUUGACUCAACUGGAACUCGGAUCGCUUCUACGGUCACUUGGUUUGAAGCCGAGUCCGGAUCAGCUCGAGAAUUUGAUAAUGAAGGCGGAUACGAACAGCAAUGGAUUAGUGGAAUUUUCAGAGUUCGUAGCUCUGGUGGAGCCAGAGCUGGUAUCGGCGAAGUGCCCUUACACAGAGGAGCAAUUAAGGCAGUUAUUUAGGAUGUUCGAUAGAGAUGGGAACGGGUUUAUCACUGCAGCGGAGUUGGCCCACUCCAUGGCCAAGCUCGGCCACGCUCUCACGGCGGAGGAGCUCACCGGGAUGAUCAGAGAAGCCGAUACAGACGGCGAUGGCAGAAUCAAUUUUCAAGAGUUCUCCCAGGCAAUUACUUCUGCUGCAUUUGAUAAUUCCUGGGCUUGAUUCCUUUUCUGUUUUUUUUGUUUCUUUUGCAGUGACUGAAAACAAACAGCCGAUUGCGGUAUUUGGAGGGCAACUGAGGUACCAGCAUGGUGAUCUUUUCAAGAAGCUGAAAAUGGUAUUUUUGGGGUUAAGUUUGAAGAAAUGAGUUUUAAGUUGUUAGGUUUCAAGCUUUGGUUGUUUAUAAAAUUGGGGUCCAAACUGAACGCCGCUGGGAUUACUGAGAAGGAUUUUAGUUCCAAUUCCAGUUUUCAAAUAUGGUAUGAUGGUAGUUUCAUGCAUGCAUGUGCUUGUUUUGGAGGUUUUGUUUUAUUUCCAUUUAGUCAUUUUCAACCAAAAUUUUUGUUAGAAACAUUUUGAAAUCUCUACAACUUGACAAUGGAGCUGUUUUCAAGAUGUAUGAGUUGAUGAGCUUCUUGGUUUUCUGGAAGCAAAAGACGUGUAUAAAAGACGUUUUUUUGAGCAAAA